ACACUUGUCCUUAGCUUUUUGUUUUUGUUGACUGAAAUAAAUAAAGAAAUUAGAAUAAAAUGGAUCCGGUCGUUUUAGUAUUAUCCUACGGAUCAACAACUCCUACGGAAAUUAUCGAAAACAUAUUCUCCGAAGUGAAUCAACCAAACGAAGUUACUUCAACGGAGUGUUCAUUAAAUUGUUAUAGAUGUAUUAUAAAAACUAAGUACUAUAAAACCUCAAUCAAUUUAAUUCCUUUUUCCGGAAAACUGGAAAGUGUUCCUGAGAAAAUUCUUCAAGCAACUGAAGCUUUAAUCAUUUACUUUGACUCAAAAGAUACAUCCUUCAUUGACACCAUUCCUAAGACGUUAGCAAAGAACGAACAGAUUCAAUUGGGAUUCCUGUUAACGUCUCCUACUACAGGAGAAGAAUCUGGAUUAUCUUUCGGUGAAUUAAAAGAGAAAACAAAUUUCUUUUUUGAUAUCAUAACAUUAAAAAGCAAUGUUGAAAGUGACUCAGAUGAACCAGAAAAGGACUACGAAGAAGUUGUAGAAGGAUUGAAGAACGUAGUUUGGUCCAAUGUCAAAUUUGGCUCUGAUCAAAAAGAAGAAAUUAGUGCAGAGGAAUUGGAUAGUCAGUUGAAAGACUUUGAAAAUCUACUCCUCACUGCGCAAAGCUUACGUAAUGAUACGAGCCUGACUAGAGAACAAUUUCUCGAUAGAGCUGAGCAGUUCGCUGGCAUAGUUUCCUCAAUCCUAAAUGACAAUGAUAGUGACUAAAUCAAUACAACUUAUCAUAGGCAAACUUAUUAUAAUGUUUGUUACUAUUAAUAAAUGUUAAGUUGAUUCCAUCGUAAA